AAACAAGUCGUGAAUUUAACAGAAUUAUCACAGUUUUUAAAAUUAAAAUAAUAGUCCACGCGAGCGCACGCAAUGGCUGGGAUGCUGAACAAAUUCGAAACGCCCAGCUCUGCCAGCUCCGAUAGGUAAACCGAUUGCUAACCUUAUGUAUUGUUUAUUUAAACAGCUGGCUCGUGGUGUGUUAUAAAUUGGUUGCAACGCAUCCGUUUUCAGUGUUAGCUUAGUCAUCGUAGUGUGUGAGAGGUGUUUUCGCGUGUCGUGCUAAAGUUUGGAAACAAAUUAAUCAUAAAUUUGGAAAUAAAACUCGCUGCACAUAACCUCAAUGCACGCAUUGUGGUUUUAUUUUUAGAAUAUUAUUUAGUACGUUAGGUGUACGCUUGUCGGCGUACAAUCGAGGUGCGUUUAGCACGUGCUCGUGCCAGCUCCGGGCCGGCUCCAGGGCCACCUCGCAUGGCAGGGGCCAGGAUUCAGCAAGAAAUGGAUUUAGUGCCUUUGGUCCUCGGAAAUCCUGACACAGAACUAGCCUUGGAGCUGAGCGAGCAGGUGUUCCUGGACGAUGAGGAAUACGCGACCAGGGCUCCCGCGUCGCCGACCACGGUGCCCAAUGUGCGACCAUACCGCCCACCUUCCACUGGCUCGAACAUCCUAAAGUCCCCGCGGGCGCGUCGCGUGCGCACCACAUCGAUGUCGCAGUCCAACAAGCGCACCACGGCCGAGAGCAUCCUGCACGCGGACCGCAGGACGAUAUACACUGCAGGCAGGCCGCCCUGGUACAACUGCACAGGCGGGCAGGAGGUCGAACCGUUCUUAAUCGGUAUAUGCGGCGCGAGUGCGUCCGGCAAGACCACCGUCGCGACAAAAAUCAUUGAAUCUCUGAACAUACCGUGGGUCACCAUCGUCAGUAUGGACUCCUUCUACAAGGUGCUGAAUGAGAAGCAGCAUCAGCUCGCGACCCGCAACGAGUACAACUUCGACCACCCCGACGCGUUCGACAUGGAGCUGCUGAUCAGCGUGCUGCAGCGCCUGCGCGAGGGCAAGAAGGUCGAGGUGCCCAUAUACAACUACGUCACGCACUCCAGGGAGAACAGGACGAAAACCAUGUACGGCGCGAACGUGAUAAUCUUCGAGGGCAUCCUGGCGUUCUACAACGCGGACGUGCUGAAGCUGCUGGACAUGAAGGUGUUCGUCGACACGGACGCGGACAUCCGCCUCGCCAGGAGGCUGCGGAGGGACAUAGUGCAGCGCGGUCGCGAGCUGGAGGGCGUGCUGAAGCAGUACAUGACGUACGUGAAGCCCGCCUACCAGAGCUACAUCGCGCCCAGCAUGGCGCACGCCGACAUCAUCGUGCCGCGCGGCGGAGACAACCUCGUCGCCAUACAGCUCAUCGUACACCACGUGCACAAGCAGCUGCAGCUGCGCGGUUUCAAAGUGCGUGAGAAGUUGGCGAUCGCACACGUCGGCCAGCCCGUGCCCGACUCACUCUAUGUACUCAAAAAUACACCGCAAGUACAAGGUCUGCACACAUUCAUCCGCAACAAGGACACGCCUCGAGACGAGUUCAUAUUCUACUCGAAGCGGCUGAUGCGGCUCGUGAUCGAGUUCGCGCUGUCUCUGUUGCCCUACAAGGAGCAGAUCGUCGACACACCGCAGGGAUUUGCUUACAAAGGUCGUAAAUGCGAAGUGGAGAAGAUCUGUGGUGUAUCGAUCCUCCGAGCCGGUGAGACUAUGGAGCAAGCAGUAUGCGACGUGUGCAAGGACAUUCGCAUCGGCAAGAUUCUCAUCCAGACCAACCAGCAGACAGACGAACCCGAGCUCUACUACCUGCGGCUCCCGAAGGACAUCAAGGACUACAGGGUGAUUUUGAUGGAUGCCACGGUGGCCACAGGGGCGGCUGCGAUUAUGGCCAUCAGGGUCCUCCUGGAUCACGAUGUUCCUGAACACCAUAUUAGCCUAGUCUCGCUGCUCAUGGCCGAGAUCGGUGUACAUUCUAUCGCGUAUGCUUUUCCUAAGGUGAAAAUCAUCACAUCAGCCCUCGACCCUGAGAUCAACGAGAAGUUCUACGUACUGCCCGGAAUCGGUAACUUCGGCGAUCGUUAUUUCGGCACGGAGCCUUCAGAGGAAGAGUGAGACGGAACGAUUCGCCGGUGAGAGAAAGGAACGGCGAUAUCGCACACUCGUUGAUCGUCUCGAAACAGGUUAGUUCAUAUCGAACCGUAAUAAACAGAAUUUAUCACUAUUUAUUCAACGCUUCGGCAAUAAAGCUUCCUCGUACAUUCAUAUUCAUAAAGUCGGGAGAUAUGAACCAACCUAUGUUUUCACCAAAAACUGUGUACAAAAAUUAAUCGAAUAGGUUUAUCAGACUGUUGAAUUAUUGACGAUAAAUUACGUGAAAUACGUAAUGUAAUGUACUGUACGUUGAUACAAAAAUAUUCAUGAUGUUUGUGUACUGAGAAUAAUGUCGAUUAUUAAUCGAUUUUGUACGAUUGUAUAAUUUUUUGUAGUUUACUAGUUUAUGACAUUUAUAAUCCAAUUAUUGUACUUAUUUCUUUUCCAUUUAUACUGCCAAUAUAACGUUCAAUUAUAUUUAUGUUUAUCGAUAAGAGACGAUCAACAUUAGAUAACUGCACUACGCACGCGGUAUAUUAUAAUCGAUUGCUUAAGCCUCAAAUUCGGGGUUGCAAUUAGUCUCUUAAAAUUAGCUAAUGUCGUCGAAAGUGGACUAAAAUGAUUCGAUGAAUUUAUCGACAUUGCACGCUUUAGACGAUGAUCGUACUGAAUGUAUUUAUUUUUAAUAUGAAAUAAUGUCGACAUUUUGCUAUGGAAAGUGAAUGGACUAUUUUGGUCUUUAAAUAAAAUAUUUCCAUAGCUCAGAAGAGAGUCUAUUGAGAUUCCACUCCCAAAAAAAUAUUGAUAUAAACUGUUUCAUUCCAAGUGAUGAAACAGAAUCAUAAAAUAACAUAUUAUUCAUAAUAACACCCCCGUUUUUAUAAACGUGCACAACUUUCAGCACAUAUUUAAUAUUGGAAAAUUAUACAUCGCACACAUAAUCUUUAAAUUCAUGACCUUUCCCAUGCAUCUACAUAACAUUUCAUAUUUUUUUAUAAUACUGGUUUUAGUGUUGUGUCGAAAAACAUCUAGUCCCCACUAAUUUAUUAAAAAUAUUUUAGAUCUCAUUUUAACGUUAAAUCGACUUUAAGUUAUAAAAUUUUAUAAAGAGACUAAACAAAUAUAUUUAUUAUAUUUGGUUAUUACAACAUACCAGAAAACGAAAACGUUAUUGGUAUGUUCGGUUUUAACUAACCCAUUAAAUAAUCAUUAACUUCCACUAAAAAUAUUAAUAAUUGACCAUUGACAUAUAAACUAUUAUUACAAUAAAAAUAAACUAACCAUCAAGUCACAAAAUAUCAAUUGCGUAGCCAAAGAUUGGGUCAGUCCCGAAAACGCUUAUUAAAUUAUUACAAACGUAUUUCCAUAGAAAAAUGUCGAUACGUACUAAUUGUAUCGAAUUGUAAUAUGUAAUGCUUGUCGUGAUUUCGCCAUCGCACUUGCUUUCAAUAAAAAGUACAAAAAUAUUAAUAUAUAGUAUAUACUCCACUAAAUUUCUAGGGAAUAGAAAAUAGAUAGAUGGUUAUUUGCGGCAGAAAUCAAAACAAAAUCAACAAUCGAUUCCAAUCGUAUUAAUGCGAAAUUAACUAAAAAAAUACUCAUCUGGCAUGUCAAGCAUACUUUAUGCUAUUGUUAUUACUUCGGAUGACCAACACCUCAGUUCGCGCCGUCACCACGAAGGCUGAAGUCUUCGAAACGUCGCGAUAAUAUCCGAUAAUAGUUUUAUUUUAUAGCAAUCGAUAUUCACGAGUCAUUCUUUUGGUUUAUUAAAGCAUUAUUUUGCAAGAAAUAUAUCAGCUAAUUCUUAACAAAAUUCAACUUCUAUAUCAGUUAUAUAAUACCCCCAAUAUAUAUAAACUGAACUAAAUAUUGACUUACCCUUGAAGAUAAAGGUCAGCUGCGUUAUUAACAGACUGCUUACUGCCCAUUACGUGCAAUGUAGUCCUUCUGCCAAGUAAGUCAGGGCAUAAAAACUCCGUAGUAAAAUCGUGUUAUAAUAUCAAACAAUAGAUUAUAUUCUGCACCAGACAAAAAUAUUAACUUGGUUUCUGGUAAUACGAGCAUUUAAAUGUGCUUUUAUCGAUUAUAUUGAACUCAAAAACAAAUACUUAUUUCACUCUUCUUUACCCGUACCACACAGUAUCAUCAAAAGCAAUAUCAAAAGCCUUUAACAAAGUUCCUAUGUUUUCGAAAUAGAAGCUAAAAUGAUUUCUAUAUUCGUAACAGUAAAGUAGCAAGUGCGAUGGCUGAUUCGUAUUGUAUUUAAAUGUAAGUAUAUAGUCCAGGUUGAUCCGAUGUACUGACUAGUGCUACGCAUUUCUCCAAUAAUGUUAGUGAAGCGAAACAAUCACUUAUCGAUAUGGGCCAUUCUUUAUCGACUUUUCUUUUCAUUAUAAAUAUAUAAUACCUACUUAAAAUUAUGGAAGCUGGCUUUUGAAAUAUUUUUAUUGAUUCAUACUUGGAAUUUAUAAGAUAUUGAAGGGAUCAUAAAGCAAGCUUAUAAAAAACUACUUGCAAUAGAACACGACGUCUCUGUUUUGAUGAUAUGUCAUAUUUGUAACUUUUACAGCACUUUAACCAUUAAUAAACAAAAUAAUGACUAGCUGUUUGCUUCUUGAUACCCGCGUAAUACUGUUUCGAGAGAAAAGUCCUGCUACAUAUUUUCCCGGGAUAUAAAAUAGCCCAUGUCCAUCCCAGUGUCUCAAACUAUAUACAUACCAAAUUUCAUCGAAAUCCAUUGGGUAGUUUCUGAGUUUAUCGCAUUCAGACAAGCUAAUAAAUAUGGCAGAUGACUUUUCUUUAAAAUGUAUUUUAUAGAUUUUUUUAAGAGGAACAAUUCCCUCUUACAUGUUUGUUGCCUAACUUUAACCGUUUACGCAACACACUCAACAGAUGCUCCCAAAAGGAAUAUGUUUUCCAUUUUUUGUAAAAUGUUUCAUUAUUCUCCGCUCCUAUUGGCCAUAGCUAAACGUUAUAUAGCCUUCCUCGAUAAAUGGGCUAUCCAACACUAAAAGUAUUUUUCAAUUCGAACCAGUAGAUCCUGUUAUAAGCUCUUUCAAAUAAACAAACUCUUCAGUUUUAGAUUGGUAUAGAAAGAUUAAUUGUUCAUAUUGAUAAGUGAAUGUACUAUAUAACUAUCCAGUGACCCAGUUCAAUAGAACCAUGGUGCUUUUAUAUUAUACAGGCAUCUCACUACGUGUUCCGUAUACACUGCUAUCUCAAAUGUAAUAAAAUAAGAGGUAUAACACAUGUACUUAAAUUAAUUUACUUAAUAAAUUAUUUGAAUU